AUGAAGCAAAUGGAGCAUCAGGAUAUUCCAGAGGGGGCACAACCUCCACCUCCAGAUCGGGUGGAGAGAAUGGAGCGGAUACUUAAGGGAUUACUUGGGGUAGUGAACCAGCAGGCCCAACAAAAUCAUCCAUGGCCUAUUGUGAUGGGAGAACCUGCUAGAGUUGAGCCGAUUAGUAUCAAAGAUUUUCAGAAAAUGAAACCUCCGACCUUUGAAGGGGGAAUUGAUGGGCUAAAGGCUUACAACUGGGUUCAGGGUAUGGAGAAGAUAUUUACGAUUCUUCAGGUUCAGUGUCCAGAAACACACAAGGUGGAUCUUGCUACCUACAACUUUGAAGGAGAAGCUCACCGAUGGUGGUUACAACAAAGAGAAAGGGAACAGAACAUGAAUUGGGCUCGGUUUAAGGAGAUAUUUUAUGAGAAGUACUUUCCACAAACUUUGAAGGACAACAAAUGUAGUGAGUUCAUUAAUUUGAAGCAGGGAGACAAUAUGACAGUGUCUGAAUAUGAUAAAGCUUUUACUGACUUGAGUCAAUUCGCACCACACAUGAUUUCGACGGAUAAUCUUAAAGCAAGGAGAUUUGAGGAAGGUCUAAAGGAUGGUCUUUGCAAGCCAAUCAAGAUGCUCAGGCUGCCAACAUAUACGGAUGUACUGAAUGUGGCUUUAAUGUCAAAAAUCGAUAAUAAGAAAUCGAACACUUCUGGUAAUGAACAAAGGAGACAAGUUGGUUAUGUGCCGCCAAGGAAUCAGGGAGGCAGCAAUCCGUAUAAAAAGCAGAAUACUGGAACAUCUGGGUGGAGUCAAGGUAGUAGUAGUGGUGGAGGAAAUCAGAACUGGCCAUGUUGGAAAUGUGGUAGGAUACAUACCGGGCAAUGCUAUCGAGUUGCUGGAGUGUGCUAUAAAUGUGGACAGAUGGGACAUUUGAUGAGAAAUUGUACGAAUGCACCCAAGCCAGGAUUUGUGGAUAGACAUGCGGCUUCAAUGGGUUCGGGGACUGUGCCAAGACCGACAGCCACCACUAGUUCAGCGCAAAGUUCAGGAACAAAGUUGAAUUCAGGAAAGAGGCAGGGUAAGAUGUUUGCAAUGAUGCCAAGAGACUCUCGAAACACAGAUUCAGUGGUGUUAGGUACUCUCCGUAUUUGUGGUCAUUCGGCUUAUGUGCUUAUUGAUUCAGGGUCUACUCAUUCUUUUGUUUCUAUGCAAUUUGCUACUAAGCUGACUAGACCACUUGAAUCACUUGAUCACAAAUUGCUCGUGUCACAACCUAUGGGUAGUGAUGUUAUAUGUUCUACGAUUUAA